ACGGGGCCCCCGGGCAAUAGGGGAUCAUGGGGCCCCUGUGUCCUUGCCCAAACUCAAAAAAGCCUAUGAAAAAGUUGAUGAGAAGGUCAGGGGUCUGACGCCAUGCCCGUCACAAUACUUAGCACUUUUUUAACAGUGGAAAAAUGGCAAAAAUGUUUGUCUGGGGCAGGGGUGGACUCAUGGUACCCCCGGGCAAUAGGGGAUCAUAGGGCCUCUGUGUCCUCGUCCACACCCAAAAAGCCUAUGAAAAAGCCAAUGAAAGGUACCAGGGGCAUCUCAUGGGGCCCCCUACUGACCCCGGGCCCUCGGGCAGUGCCCAAGUGCUCGAAUGGUCAGUCUGCCCCU